GGACGGCAGCGGGCGCCAUGUCAGGUGCAGUUCGCCCCACCAACAGCGUCCACACUUCCGUUUCCUAAAGACAGGGAGCCGCAACAUCAACAGCCACAGACAACCAUAUCAGUUAAUAACAUAAAACUCGUAUCAUUACAAGCGGAGUGAGUAUGUCGGGGCAGAAGCGUCCUUCGGACCCCUGCGGCCCCUCGUCCUCCGGGGCGCCGCCGGAGAAGCGGAGGGAGAGGGAGGGAGAGGACGGAGCCCCCGGUGUCAGUACCGGGGGGAGCACCGCGGUGGAGACGGUCAUCAAACUGGGAGGGGUGUCCAACUCAGAAGAACAAGACAUCAGGGCUCUCCAGACAAAGAACCGAAAGUUGGGAGAAUCUCUUGAUCAAAGACAGGUCAUUGAGGAUGAAUUGCGAGAGCGAAUUGAGAGACUGGAGACCCGUCAGGCCACUGAUGAUGCCAGUCUGCUGAUCCUCAACAGAUACUGGAACCAGUUUGAUGAAAACGUUCAACUGACCAUCAGACGUUAUGACCAAGCGAGCAGCGAGCCUGAGAAAUCUCAGACUGGUGAGGGACGGAGCCUGAAGCCGGAUACUCCAGAACCUGAUGGCGACUCCAACCAGGAGCGGGCCAAGGACAGAGGCAACCAGGGAGAGCCAAACAACUCUUUCCUGGCCACGUUGGCGAGCAGCAGCAGUGAGGAGAUGGAGGCUGAGCUCCAGGAGAGGGUGGAGAAAAGCCAGAAGCAGGCCAGCCACGUGGUGGAGAUUUAUGAGUGUCUGAAGAGGACCGUGGACCAACUGAAGACAGAGCUGGACUCUGGAGCUGACGGCAGUCUGUGGCAGGCAGCUUCCAAACUGAAUACCCUCCUGACCAAUGAAAACAAGCGGCUGCAACAGCUGACAGAGGACUUUAAGCAGAAGCACAGUCACAUGACCAGUCAGACUCGUCCUCUGGGUCGUGCGGCUAACAAAGCGGACCAGCGUGUCAGCGAGCUGCAGGUCCUGAUCGAGGAGCUGCAGUGGGACAUGGAGAAGAUCCGCCGCCGCGAGAACAGACUGAACGCUCACCUGACUGAGAUACUGGAGAGGGUGAACAGCAAAGGCUAUAAGGUGUGUGGGGAGGCCAGCAGCGUUUGUGGGACCAUCACUAUUAACAAGAGAAAGUUUGAAGAAAUGAACAGUGAUAUGGAGGAGAACACGGAGCUGGCAGACAACCGCUUCGUCGAGCUGCAGAAGCUCCAGCAGGACCUGCAGAGUGUGCACCAGGAGAACAACAACAUGAAGGCGGAGCUGCUGAUCCGAGCAGAGGGCGUGGUCAAAGAGACUUCUGAGUAUCGCUGCUUACAGUCACAGUUUUCUGUGCUCUACAACGAGUCUCUGAUCCUGAAGUCUCAGUUAGAUGAGACACGUGCUCGUCUCAACACCACCAGGACGGCGAGGCUCCGACAGCUGGAGCACAUGGAGAAUGACGAGGUGGCUCUGCAGAGGAAGGUUCGUACGGAGGUGUUUCAGCUGGAGGACACACUGGCUCAAGUCAGGAAGGAGUACGAGAUGUUGCGCAUUGAAUUUGAACAGACGCUUGCUGCCAACGAGCAAGCAGGUCCCAUCAACAGGGAGAUGCGUCACCUGAUCAGCACGUUGCAAACACACAACCAGCAGAUGAAGGGAGAGGUGGUGAAAUACAAGAUCAGACUGAGAGAGACUCAAGCUGAGCUCAACCAGGUCCGCGCCUCAAAGGGAAAUGCCAUCCUCCAGUCCCAGUCCAGCACAGAGAUGGACGUGAAGGAUGAGACCACCUCUCCUUCGACACCAGCCGUCUCCGGGGAGCCUGUGGUCAAAUCAGAGGCUGACAACGGCUCCUCCACACCCAGCAGCACUGGAGCCUCUGUGAAAACUGAGCCUGGAGCAGAACCUGAAGCAACCGUAAAAGAGGAGGAGAAAGAUGAGAAGAAAGAAAAGGAGGAAAAGAGAGAAAAGGACAUUAUAAAGAAAGAGGAGAAAGACAGAGAGCGUGAGAAAGAGAAGGAAAAGGAGAGAGAGAGGCCGACUCGCAGCAGUGGGAGCAGCAGUGUGAUGAAGGAGGAGAGGACCAGCAGCAGCCAGCCGGAGGAGUCGGCCGGGGAGCGCCUCUCCAUCGGGGGGUCCAAGAGGAAAGAGAUGGAGCAGCUGAAGAUCAUAAGAGCCGAACUCAAGAAAGCCCAGGAGUCCCAGCGGGAGAUGAAGCUGCUGCUGGACAUGUACCGCUCAGCGCCAAAGGAGCAGAGGGACAAGGUCCAGCUCAUGGCUGCAGAGAAGAAGUCCAAGUCAGAGGGAGAGGAGCUGCGGCAGAGGCUGAGGGAGCUUGAGGAGCGGGAGAGGAGGGAGGGCAAAAAGAUGGCGGACGAAGAAGCUCUGAGGAAGAUCCGCUCUGUGGAGGAGCAGAUCGACAUCCUCAACAAGAAGCUCUCCAUAGCAAAACAGGAGGAGGACGCCCUGCUGAGCGAGAUGGACGUGACGGGACAGGCCUUCGAGGACAUGCAGGAACAGAACAUCCGUCUGAUGCAGCAGCUCAGGGAAAAAGACGAUGCCAACUUCAAGCUGAUGAGCGAGCGGAUCAAGUCCAACCAGAUCCACAAGCUGCUGAAAGAGGAGAAGGAGGAGCUGGCAGACCAACUGCUGACUUUAAAAACUCAGGUGGAUGCCCAGCUGCAGGUGGUGAGGAAGCUUGAGGAAAAGGAGCGCCUCCUGCAGGGCACCAUCAGCACUGCUGAGAGAGAGCUGGCACUUCGAACACAAGCGUUAGACAUGAACAAACGCAAGGCUCAGGAGUCUGCGGUGCUGUCGGAGGAGGUGCGAACCCAGCUGGAGCAAGUUCAGCUGAGGCUCAAACUGGUCAGAGAGGAGGUCAUAGAGAACAGCAUCUCCAGGGAGAAAGAGUCCUUUAAUGCCAGACGAGCACAGGAGGACAUCUCCAAACUAAGGGGAAAGAUCGAGAAGGCCAAGAAACCAGCAGAGAAAAUCAGCAACGGAGACGACAUCCUUAAUGAAGAAAUCAGUGACUAUAAGGCGCGCCUAACGUGUCCUUGCUGCAACUCCCGGGUGAAGGAUGCAGUCCUGACAAAGUGCUUCCACGUCUUCUGCUUCGAGUGCGUAAAGACGCGCUACGACACACGCCAGAGGAAGUGCCCCAAGUGCAACGCCGCCUUCGGAGCGAACGACUUCCACCGCAUAUACAUCGGCUAAAGCUGCGUUUCCCAGUGCACACUUGAAGGAAGAGGAAAAAGGUCAACAAGAAAAAGUGGUGGUGCAAACAGUGCCAGGAGCGAGACUCAUCACAGCGCUCACAUGUCUCCUCUGAACACGUGCCUCCCCCCCGCUGCUGUGUGUGUGCAGGAAAGCAUCAGUGUGACUUCUUCAGAUGAUUCCAGCGUCAGAGGGCCGCCGUGAUGCUCUGAAAUGAACGCUUUAAUAUUUCUUUUGUUCUUAAUAAUGACUGAAUUCAGCUUCUCCCAUCCACAACUGUACUGCUUUAACGAUUCCAGAAACUGGGGCAGAAAGAAUGUAGAGGAAUAAGACACUGCGAGUUUGCAUUUGUGUGGAGUGUGUGCGUGAGUGAGAACAGCCAAUUACACAAACCAGUAUACAAAGAAAAAGAUUAGUAAAAGUGUAGUGGAUGUUUGUUUUAAUGUUGGGUAUGUGUGUCAUUCAUCAUUUCUUAUUAUGUUUCUUUUUUUAUUAUUUGAAAAUCUCUCUUGAUGCUGUGUAAUUGCUGUUCUAUUAGUUAUUAAAGUGACAUCUUAACUGUCCGGAUUCUGUUUCCAAAUCACAAUUUUCUGCAUCUCACAUGGUUAAUAAACCCAGAGAAUAAUCAUAACAUUUGACCUAGAGUAUUAAACGACAAACCCCAGUGUGCAAAUCUCACUUUCCUCCACCCCUCCUCCUGAAUAUUCAGACGUGUUUGCAUACAGGAAUCUGUCGUUAGAAACGCUGGAAGGAAGGGCGCGCCAUGCGACAAGGGAGGUUUCUUUCAUAGAUUGUGUCACAUAAUCCAUCAGGGCAGACCAUUUGAUGCAAGCUCAGAGACAAAGGAGCACCAAACCUGACUCGCGUGGAGCUCAGCGCUGAAAUAAGAAGCUUUAGAGACUCGUGGUCAGCUCAACGUCACCGCGUUUUAGCGUUUCCUCAUACGCGCAAAACUACAACAGAAAAACUUUCGGGGGGCAUUUCUGAACUAUCUAUUUUUUGAAUUACUUUUAGCUGCAUUUGGACUCCCGGUCAGAUAUCUGGAUCGGUGCUGGUUCUUAUGCCUUUGACAGUU